CGGAAGUGACCAGUGACGCCUGAGUAAAGUCAGUGGAGUGGCGAGAGGAUGGUUUUCCGGCUGCUGAAGAAACCUCUUUGGGCAAAAGUGGUUUGCUUAGCUAGCCAGUUCCCAGAGGCCGCUGACCUCAGGGCGCCAAAACCACGCAUGCGCGCUCAGACAGCCUCCUCAGUCCCGGAGCACGCGGCCCCCGGCCUGCAGGGGGCGCUGCAUCCCCGCGGGCAGGGGAGUGGCGCCGCUCUAGCUCGCGCCCAGGCUCGGUGGCAGGAGCCGCAGCUCCGAGUGCCCCACGCCUCCUCCCAGCGCAGGUUGCACGGUUACCCCUAGCCCCCAGCCCCUCCAGCCUGGUCCUGAAACCAGAACCGGCAUCAUGCACGGGCGCCUGAAGGUGAAGACAUCCGAAGAACAAGCGGAGGCCAAAAGGAUCGAGCGAGAGCAGAAGCUGAAGCUGUACCAGUCAGCUACACAGGCUGUGUUCCAGAAGCGCCAGGCAGGUGAAUUGGAUGAGUCAGUGUUGGAUUUGACAAGCCAGAUCCUGGGCGCCAACCCAGACUUUGCAACUCUCUGGAACUGUCGAAGAGAAGUGCUCCAGCAGUUGGAGACUCAGAAAUCCCCUGAGGAGUUUGCUGCUCUAGUGAAGGCAGAACUGGGCUUCCUGGAGACCUGCCUAAGAGUGAACCCCAAGUCAUAUGGGACCUGGCACCACCGUUGCUGGCUGCUGAGCCGCCUGCCAGAGCCCAACUGGGCCCGGGAGCUGGAGUUAUGUGCCCGCUUCCUGGAAGUCGAUGAGCGAAACUUUCACUGCUGGGACUAUCGGCGGUUUGUGGCUGCACAGGCUGCUGUACCCCCCGCAGAGGAGCUGGCCUUCACCGACAGUCUCAUCACCCGAAACUUCUCCAACUACUCCUCUUGGCAUUACCGCUCCUGCCUCUUGCCCCAGCUGCACCCCCCGCCAGACUCUGGACCACAGGGGCGCCUCCCUGAGGAUGUGCUGCUCAAAGAGCUGGAGCUGGUGCAGAAUGCCUUCUUCACUGACCCCAACGAUCAGAGUGCCUGGUUCUACCACCGCUGGCUCUUGGGACGAGCUGAGCCCCAGGAUGCUUUGCGCUGCCUGCAUGUGAGCCGGGAUGAGGCCUGUGUGACAGUCUCCUUCUCUCGGCCCCUCCUGGUGGGAGCCGGGUCAGAGACCUUGCUGCUCAUAGUUGAUGCAUCCCCUCAGGCUGUGGAGUGGAGGACCCCAGAUGGCAGGAACCGGCCAAGUCUUGUCUGGCUCUGUGACCUGCCCACCAUCUCCCUCGAUGACCAGUUGUCCCAGCAUGCAUUUCGAGUCAUUUUGACCACCAGUGAUGCUCAAAAGGAGUGUGUGCUGUUAAAAGGCUGUAAGGAGGCCUGGUCCCGGGACUCAGCUACAGAUGAGCAGCUCUUCAGGUGUGAACUUUCGGUGGAGAAGUCCACGGUGCUACAGUCCGAGCUUGAAUCCUGUAAGGAGCUGCAGGAGCUGGAGCCUGAGAACAAAUGGUGCCUUCUCACCAUCAUCCUGCUGAUGCGGGCACUGGACCCCCUGCUGUAUGAGAAGGAGACCCUGCAGUACUUCCAGACCCUCAAGGCUGUGGACCCCAUGCGGGCGACAUACCUGGAUGACCUGCGCAGCAAGUUCUUGCUGGAGAACAGCGUGCUCAAGAUGGAGUACGCCGACGUGCGCGUGCUGCACCUUGCGCACAAGGAUCUGACAGCUCUCUGCCACCUGGAGCAGCUGCUCUUGGUCACCCAUCUUGACCUGUCGCACAACCGUCUCCGAUCCCUGCCACCAGCCCUGGCUGCCCUGCGCUGCCUGGAGGUGCUGCAGGCCAAUGACAAUGCCAUCGAGUCCCUGGAUGGGGUCACCAACUUGCCCCGGCUGCAGGAGCUCUCAGUGUGCAACAACCGCCUCCAGCAGCCUGCAGCACUUCAACCACUAGCCUCCUGCCCCAGGCUGGCCCUCCUCAUUGUGCAGGGCAACCCUCUGUGCCAGGCAGCUGGCAUCUCAGAGCACCUGGCUGAACUGCUGCCCUCAGUCAGCAGCAUCCUCACCUAAGAGGCCCUGCCCCCUGCUCCCACCUUUUAACUUAUUGGGACUGAAUAAAUAAUGGGGAACCCCACAGACUGCUCA